UCGACCCUUAAGUUAAUAUACAUACAUAUAAGUUAAGCUAGAAUCGAGAUGUCAAAGCAAAACGUUCAGAAAGAUCAAUGCGUUCGUUGCUUGCACUGCAAAAAAGUGAUCCAAUGUUCACGUUUCGAUAGCGGUGGCUUACUGCGUCACAUCGAAUAUGAGCAUCCGGAAUUAUUCACAAUGGCCCGUUCCAAACUUAGAAAUGUUUACAAUCCCUCAACGGAUCAGAGCUACUGGGCUUGCGAGGUACGAAAAAGAAUGAUGUCUAAUGUAUCGGAUUCGGAACUUAAUUCACAAAAUUUGGGGCGAUGUAAGAACAAAAAGAGGACCUCUAGCGAUAGCAUAUCGAAAAAAUCAUCGACUGCCAAGUGCAAUGUGGCUGCUGCCAACUAUUCAUGUCCGCACUCAAAAGCCAAGAACAGUACAUGUCCAAAAGCCAGGACCAAUGGUCCGUGUUCACCGCACCACAUGAUCUUUCGAAAGAUGGCCUACAAGUCCUCCGCUAGGCGAUGGUGUGCCAUGGAUGGUAGUAUCUUCUGUCCCGCUUGCGGUUAUAAGAAGCGUCCAGUGGUCAAAUGCGCAUCCGGAUGGAAUUCCAGAUGGUGUUCAUGGGCCUUUUGCUUUAUGCCCUGUCUGAAGAGCUCGGAUAAUGGGGAGAAUAUAUACUGUGGCCAUUGCAACACCUUUUUGGGCGCCUUCAAUCGCGAGAAGCAAAGUCUCAAGCCGAACAAGCUGUAUGCUUAAUGUCACAGCUUUAAAGAUGUUUCAACGCAAGUAUUUCCCAUUUGGUCGCAGUCUUUCAAAAUUGUUUGUUUACAAAGCAUCAUUGUAUAGCUCUUAUAGAUUUAAAUUACAAAUUUACGCUUGCACGCCUCAAAUAAAUACAC